CGGAGCCCCGGCCGUGCCGGCGGUGGCGGAUCCCCGGCGGUGGCGGAUCCCCGGCGGUGGCGGAUCCCCGCGAUGCUGCUGGUGCUGUCGGCGGAGCACCGGGCGCACCUGGGCUGCUUGCCGCGGGCGGGCGGCGCAGCCGUGGGCGAGCUGGGCCGCCUGGCGUUGGAGCAGCUGCGGCGGGGAGCGGCACCGCGGGCCUGCGAGGCCGCCGCCAGAAAGCUGGACAUUGGCGUUGACACCAUUCAGCAUGGAGUAGAGGGACUAACCUAUCUUCUUACUGAGAGCUCCAAGCUUAUGAUUUCUGAGAUUGACUUUCAAGAUUCCAUUCAUGUUCUGGGAUUCUCAGAUGAAUUGAACAAAUCUUUGCUCCAGCUGUACCUUGACAACAGGAAGGAGAUCAGGAGCAUUCUUGGGGAGCUGGCACCAAGGCUGCCCAGCUACCACAAUCUGGAGUGGAGACUGGAUGUGCAGCUUGCAAGCAGAAGUUUGAGACAACAGAUCAAGCCUGCUGUGACCAUGAAGCUAUAUCUUAACCAGAAUGAAGAUCAAACUGCCCAGGUGUUGCAAACUGACCCUGCUACCCUUCUCCACCUGAUCCAGCAACUGGAGCAGGCACUGGGGGAGAUGAAGACGAACCACUGCAGGAGAAUAGUGCGCAACAUGAAAUAGCCUCAAUUCCUGCCUGCUCCCCUACUGAGCAGUUUGUGAAACACUCAAAACAAUGCUCACAAAUACACUUUGAGGAGAAAUAAACAUCUGGAUCAGAUGAACUGCUUUCCUGUGCCAGGAUCUUGAGCCAGUAAUUACAGGCCAAAUGUCCUCGGCUGCCAGCUUGGCAAAUCUGACGGAUACAAGAUAGGUAAUUGGGUUUGCAUUACUUGCAAAUGGAGGCAUUCAGCAUACUAUGCUGAGAAUUCCUUUAGCUCUAAAUUAGUAUGGAUCUGCUUUCCUACCUUUGGUAGAACUGUCUCAAUAUUAUUUGAAGCUGCAUAUUUACUGUUACAUUUAUAAAGUAAUUUUUUCUCUUUUGCUUCUCUCUUAAAAUAUUUUUUAAACCCUUAUACUGGUGAGAAUGAUACUUUGCAGGAAGACUUCUCCCAUGUAGACUCAGGUGUGUGUAAAGGCCAGUGUGGGACUGCUGCCCUUUUCCUCCAGAGGACUGGGUCAGUGGGGGCUGGUGUGACACUGCUGCUCUGCCCUUCUCACCUAUAACCGAGCUAACACUCCUGUUAGCAGAGCCUGCUGUGACCCCGCAGGACAGCUGAGGCUUUCUGCAGCCAGCCCAGGGGCCUGCACUGGGUUGGCAAACUGGUUAUAUGUGAAGGUGGUCUGAAAACUUGCAAAAGCAGAGCUGUGGGUGAGGAGGCAGGUUAAGAAUAGUGUUAACCUCUGCUAACUCUGGUCUCUGUGCCCUGAUGCCAUGGUUUGUGUUCCACUGUUCGGAUAGUGCUCAUAAAGGCAAGACCAGCUAUUGCAACCAAAAUUAUGCUUUUCCAUUGUUAAGAAAAAUGUCUAAUAAAGAUGAUGUCAAAUGUCA